CUGGUAGAGUCAAAGGUUUGGAAGACCCUUCGCCUUUCUUCUAGAUUGUUGAAUAUUGGAAGCGCACAACCGUUUACUCGACGGAACCCUAGAAUUUCGACAAUGUCCGGCCAGACUCAGUUUCGCUAUACGCAGACGCCGUCCAAGGUUCUGCACCUGCGGAAUCUCCCGUGGGAGUGCGGUGAAGAGGAGCUUAUUGAGCUCUGCAGACCAUUUGGCAUGAUCGUCAACACCAUGUGCGGCGUUGGGGCUAAUCGUAAUCAAGCUUUUGUGGAAUUUGCAGAUCUUAACCAGGCUAUUAAUAUGGUUUCUUAUUAUGCUUCAUCAACCGAACCUGCAAAGAUACGUGGAAAAACUGUGUAUAUUCAGUACUCAAACAGACAUGAAAUAGUUAAGAACAGAAGUCCAGGGGAUGUUCCUGGAAAUGUCUUGCUUGCUACCAUUGAGGGUGUUGAUGCUGGUGAUGUUAGCAUUGACGUAAUUCACCUGGUAUUUUCAGCUUUUGGUUUUGUUCACAAGAUUGCUACAUUUGAGAAGGCUGCUGGGUUUCAGGCAUUAAUUCAGUAUGGUGAUGUUCAGACUGCAUCAACAGCAAGGGAUUCAUUAGAUGGGAGAAGUAUUCCAAGAUACCUUCUCCCCAGCCAUGUAGAAGAGUGUCGUUUGCGCCUCUCCUACUCUGCUCACACAGACUUGAAUAUUAAGUUUCAGUCUCAUCGUAGCAGGGAUUACACCAACCCUUAUCUUCCUGUCAAUCCGACUGCCAUGGAUGGUUUUCUUCAGCCAUCUGUAGGUCCUGAUGGAAAGAAGAUGGAAUUUGAGAGUAACGUGCUGCUUGCUUCUAUUGAAAAUAUGCAGUUUGCCAUCACAUUGGAUGUUCUUCACACAGUGUUCUCAACAUUUGGAACUGUUCAAAAGAUCUUAAUAUUUGAGAAAAAUGGUGGAACUCAGGCAUUAAUUCAAUAUCCUGAUGUUCCAACAGCAGUUGCUGCCAAAAGUGCUUUAGAAGGUCAUUGCAUAUAUGAUGGUGGCUAUUGCUUAUGGUGAAAAAAGCCGAGAUUAUACUAUUUACCCUGCAUCCCUUCCUGUUCCACAAUCUCCCGGAACUGUUGCUACUGCUUCUGGAUGGCAAAGUCCUCAGGUCACUGCUGGUGCCUCAACUCCUCCUGGGGUGUCG